AUGACUCGACAUCACGGCUUCCAGUCAGCUAAAAAAAGAAUCUUCUAUACGUUUGCAUUCCCUAUACUUGCCGUUGCAUCUAUUGUCCUGCCUAAAAAGCCAUCGUUGCUAACCUUGCCUUGCCGGUAUGCUGUUUCUUUUCUCUUGGAAUGUGCAAACUUGCAGCUAGGGAGUAGUACAUUACACUUUGUUAAGGAAUAUGGAAGAAGUUUCAAGUAA